GAGAGAGGGGAAGGUAGGGGCAAUGACCAUUUAUUCUACAAUCGCUCCAGUCCGCUGUUAAGAGAACUUGGUAAAACUUAAAAGAAUAUUGAGGCUUUAGGAAAUCAACAAAAGUUUCAGCAGCCUACUUGAAAUUGAGGGGAAAUCAUAUGUUUUGGAAACGGUUUAAAGGACACCUUUUAACAGCUUCACCAGCGUGGCUGUGGCUAACUUAUGCUGCUUUUAAUCGCGUCUCUGUUUGGAACAGGUGAUAAGUGAGCGUGACUAGAAGACAAUACCUGAAAAAGGAGCCACACACGCACAUUAACCACCCAGUGUGAACAGGUGCUGCUGCAGCCCACUAGCCCGCGCAGCCAAGACUCCACAACAGCUUCCCUCUUCCGACCGUGGUCACCAUGGCUACCACGACCCCUCCCCAGGGAUGCGGUAUCGGCGUGAGCUCCCUCUACUACAACCUGUGUGACCUGGGGUCAGCGUGGGGCAUCGUGCUGGAGUCGUUCGCGGGGGCGGGCGUGGUGGCUUCCUUCGUGGUCCUGGUGGUGGUUCUGGCCAGCCUGCCCUUCGUGACGGACAAGAACCGCAAGAACUCGGUGGGGCUCCUGGUGGGCUUCCUGAUCUGCACCCUGGGCCUGUUCGGGCUCACCUUCGCCUUCAUCGUGGGGAAGAACCUCUCCACCUGUGCCGCCCGGAGGUUCCUGUUCGGGGUGCUGUUCGCCGGCUGCUUCGCCUGUCUGCUGAUGCAGUGCGUCCGGUUGAACCUGCUGGCCAGGCGGGGCCAGGGGCCCCGGGGCUGGGCGCUGUGCCUGGGGGCGUUGGGGCUGUGGUUGGUGGAGGUGGUCAUCAACACCGAGUGGCUGAUCAUCACCGUGGUGCGCUACCCGCUGCCGCCCCUCAACGCCACGGCCGCGCUCGGCGUCGCCACGGACACCCCGUGUAACAUCGCCAACGUGGACUUCGUCAUGGCCCUCAUCUACGUGCUGAACCUGCUGCUGGCCGUGGUGGUGGCGGCUGUGCCCGCCCUGACGGGGAAGCACAAGCAGUGGCGCCAGGCGGGCGCCUUCAUCCUGCUCACCGGCCUGCUGUCGGCGGCCAUCUGGGUGGCCUGGAUCGUCAUGUUCGUCUACGGCAACGGGAAGAAAGGGGGUCCCACGUGGGACGACCCCACCCUGGCCAUCGCCCUGGUGACCAACGCCUGGGUGUUCCUCAUCCUGUACAUCAUCCCCGAGCUGUGCUCCCUCACCCAGGAGGAGGAGGAGGAGGGCCAGCCAGGCUUCGGAGAGGACCUCUACCCCAGCCGAGGGGUGGGCUACGAGACCAUCCUGAAGGAGCACAGCGGACAGAACAUGUUCAUGGAAAACAAGGCUUUCUCCAUGGACGAGCCCAACUCAGGGAACAAGCCGGUGUCUCCCUACAGCGGGUACAGCGGGCAGCUACGCAACUCUGUGUACCAGCCGACAGAGCUGGCCCUCAUCAGCAAGGGAAGGGUGAAUCCGCCGCAGACGGAGCUGUCGUAUCACACGGCCAUUCCUCGGGCCUCCACCACCUCCUCUGCCUCCCCGGCCACCAGCGGGGCCAGCACCCUCUCCCUGCACGCCGAGCAGGGGGCCUCCGACACACACAGCCAAGCCACCAACAGCGGUAACGGACUUCAUAGGAAACCCCAGUGGUGAACAGAACCAAUACUUCAAUCAAGACUCCAUUACCCAGUUUCCAUUACAUCUGUUGACUGUUUGGCUGUUGUCACGCCAGCCUUUUAGCUGGCUCUAAAGGCUCAAAACCCAGACUCUGCAGGUAGAGGUUUGGAUGUGCAUGCCAUUCUCUAUAGAUGGACAAUUCCUAUCCAUUUGUCUGUCCAGACAGGACAGGACAGCCACAUAUUUGGAAGCCAGACCAUGUUGUGAUCCCCUAGCUUUGGGGUAGAACAAUGCCUUUAGCAGAGGUCACCAGAACUGAGAGUGAGAACUCAGCUGAACACCACCAAACAGAUGAGGUGUGAUCACGCUGACAUGGCAGAAUGCUGGAAGAGAAUAGUAUCCCUGAGCAUGGGGUGUAUGUUGACGCAUACACACACUAACACACACACAAACAAGUUCAUACCAGUCACUGAAGUGGACGUGCUUUGGACAGCAGGGUCCUCCAAACGAAAGGAGCGACAGCUGGGAUGGAAUAUACCACCUACUUUAAUCCCGGGGGUGGGUGAAUGCUGGAACACUCCAUGCCUGGACCCAUUGACAAGUUACGUUAAUCACAGAAAUACCUCUCGAAACCAAAGUUUAAGAUUAAGUAGUUUAGUAGUUUGCACUUUCAAGAUUGAUAGACAGUUCACAGUAUGUGUCAUAAAUAUUAGUGCCUGGCUUUUUGAUAUCACUAAGAGAGUUCACAUAGCAUAUUAAGCCACGUAAAUCAAUGUACAUUUGUUGUAAAGAACGUAUUGUAUUGUAUAAAACACGUAUGGUUAUCUGGAUCUGAAUAUUGAAACAAAAAUAUUCACAGCACACUCUUGUGCAACUUUCAAGACCUAAUAUUUAAACAGCCAAUAAAUUAUGUUUUCAAAUUACAAAUUAAUUUGUUGAUUGACAUACCAACAGCUAAUGAUCCUUUCAAUGUUUAGUUUUUUCGCAAUAAAAUAAAUAUUCACUGGUGAA